AUGAAUGAUUUUGAUUUGGAAAAGAAGAAAAUAAAGAUGGAAUUAAAUGAUAGUGUUGAUAAGCUAAAUGAAUCGAUCAACUCAUUGUCAACAGAUGUUUCUGAUGGAAUUGUUUCUUCUUUCAAACCAUCAGAGAAAUCACUUCGUUCAAUUCUGUCUCCUAUGCCAAGUACUUCAUUAUGCACUGGUCGUGACAGUUUAAGCCGUCGCCGAAGUUCAGCUAGCGAAGCUCUUGUUAAAUUACGUUUAAUGAAUAAUGUUCCGGCUCUUUCAAGAAGUCCUCCUCCUAUUAAAAGUCCACCUAGAGCAACUCCUCGUUCGCCAACAGAACGUUAUUUGACAAAAUUUCCUCAAAAUAUUUCUGCCCGAGAAUCUAUUUGCAAUGAUGACAUUUUAAAUUCUCGUCAAUCUAUUGGGCCUUCUGAACUUCUUGAAGAUUUGCCAAAUGCAAGUCAGAUUGGAAUGGUUCUCGAUUUAAGCCAUUCUCCUAUUACUAGCUUGUCUGAUAAAGAAUUAAUUAAAAAAGAUGAAUAUUUUGAGGAGAAAAAAUGUAUUGAAAAAUAUGUUAAAUUUCUUUGGAAGAAUUUUAUGGAGAAUGGAGAAAUUGAUUUUAAUUCAAUUCCGGAAUGGGAAGAGUUUAAUAUUGAAGAAGGAUUUGAGGACAAUUUUAGUGACAACUUGAAAAUUCCAAAGUAA